AUGGCAAGUGAAAAUAUCAGGGACUAUGACACCAUCACAUCUUUUCUGGGCUCCUGGGGACCCUUCCAACGAAGGAUCUUUUUUGCCUUGGCCAUCAGCCUCAUCCCAAAUGGAUUUAUUGGUAGUUAUAUAGUGUUUGUUGGCGACACGCCACCUCAUGAAUGCUAUAUUCCUGAAAACAACAACAUCAGUGAGAUGUGGAGAAACGUUACGAUUCCAAUGGAAACAGUCAACGGUGCUGCACAACGCAGCUCCUGCUGGAGACUGAACCUGGAGAUUGUGCAAAGUUUCUCUCAAAACAACUCCAUUCCAAAUGUCGAAGUAAACGUGAGUGACAUUCCUCGGGAGCGUUGUCUCGAUGGCUGGAUAUACAGCAAAGAAAUCUACCAGUCAACUAUUGUAACAGAGUGGGACUUGGUGUGUGACGAUGCAUACAAAAUUCCACUGUCCUCAUCUAUUUAUUACGGUGGUAUGCUGGUGGGAGCGCUGAUCUCAGGCCAGUUGUCUGACAGGUUCGGGAGGAAGCCAGCACUCUUCAUCAUGAUGGCUGUUCAGGCUGUCUCUCUCACAGCACAGAUAUUCUCCCCCAACUGGGAGAUCUUCUCCUUCAUCUUCUUCAUUGUGGGUGGUGGGGGACACUCGAACUACAUCAUUGGAUUUGUGCUAGGGUCAGAGAUUCUCAGCCCCAAAACCAGAGUGCUUUUCUGCUCUCUUGGAGUCUGUAUGAGCUCGGCCGUGGGGUACAUGUUGAUGCCUUUAGCGGGCUAUUUCCUCCGAGAGUGGCGGUUGUUACUGAUUCCCAUGGCUGCCACAGGCUUGAUCUACAUCCCUCUGUGGUGGUUGGUUCCAGAGUCUCCUCGGUGGCUGUUUUCUCAGGGGAAAGUGGAGGAAGCAGAGGCCAUCCUGAAAGAAGCCGCCAAGAUGAAUAAAGUAGAAGCUCCGCUGGAUAUUUUCACUAAAGCUGAGGUUGAAUAUGCAACGGUCAGGAAAGAGGAGAAAGCCAGCAUACUUGACAUUUUGAAAUCCUGCAAUCUUCUCUCCAUUACAUUAGUCUGUUCAUCUCUGUGGUUCAUCAUCACCACCAGUUACUAUGCUCUCGUCCUGAACACUUCAAAUUUGCAUGGUGAUCCAUACCUAAAUUGCUUCAUAUCAGCUGUCAUAGAAGUGCCAGCUUACCUAAUUGCCCUAGUUUUGCUCCAGUACUGCUCCAGGCACAUCUGUCAGUCUUCCACUCUCCUACUCGGAGGCAUUAUGAUCCUCUGUGUGAACCUCAUUCCAAUCGGUUUACCAGGAGUGGCUGUGGCUCUUGAGAUGUUGGGAAAGUUUGGCAUCACUGCUGCUUUCUGCGUGGUGUAUGCCGUCUCAUCGGAGCUCUUCCCUACUGUCAUCAGAAACACAGCAAUGGGAUGUUGCUCCAUGGCUGCCCGUAUUGGAACCAUCAUCUCCCCUUUCAUCAUUUACCUGGGACAAUACAACACGUCACUUCCAUAUAUUCUAAUGGGAGCUUUAGCCAUUUUUGGGGCUGUUAUAUGUUGGGUGUUGCCAGAAACACACAAAAAGGCUUUGCCAGAGACAUUGUCACAGAUUCAGCCGAUUUUCAGGGCCCUGACCGGGCACAGCAACCGCGGCCAUGGUUCAUCGUCCCCAGACGAGCCAGGCAGGGAGCUCAGCAUUCUGAUCCGGAUCACUCGCCACCGGAAGUUCGAAGUGAUCACCUUGGGAUGA